AUGAUUGUUAGUUAUGCUGGUGCACGUGUUCCAGUAGCUGACGCAUCUUCAUCAUUAUAUUCUGCAUCUGAUAUUCCAUUUUCAUUACAUUCAUUACCAUCACCAAAUGUGCCCAAUCUUUCACCAUCCAACAGAAGUCGUUCUUGUUCUACUUCUUCUUGUUCGUCAAUAUCAUCAGAAUAUUCUUGUAGUUCGAAUAAUUUUUCUACCUGUUCGAUUGACGAUGAUGAUUUUAAUUCAAUCAAUAUCGAUGUUAUAGACGAUGUUUGUGCACCACUGUCUUCCAGUUAUGAAUUAGAAGAUAUUGCAAAAUCUUUAACCUCAAAAGAGAUUGCUGUUUUACUUGUUGAAUUACGCUAUCGGCAUUCGCUCACACGAUCGUGCAUUACGCACAUUUGCGAAUUAUUACAAUUAUUACGGGUGCCAAAUGCUCCACUUAAUUUUACCAAUAUUGAAUCUUUAAUUCUUUGUGCAUAUCGAUCAACUACAUUUCCAAGUAAAGCAGUUAUAUGUCCUUCGUGUUUCAAACGAUCAUCGAGUUCGAAAAUGUGUACCGGUACUCCGAAUUGUGACUCUCAAUCUUCAUUUGUUCGAGUACCUACAAUGAAUUAUACCUUCGCACUUGAACCGCAAAUUAGAUCAAUAAUUGAACGAAAUCCAAUUAUGAAAAGAAAACCUAAUAAACAGGUGCUUUCAGACAUUACCGACGGCUUAAUAUAUGAAAAGAUACUUGAAGUGGAACGGCAGCCAUUCGUAACUCUACUGAUGAAUUCGGACGGUGGUUUAGUAAAAGCAACUUCGGCAUCUGUGUGGAUAACCACAUUGGUCAUUAAUGAAUUACCACGAAAAUUAAGAUAUCUUCCAGAAAAUGUUGUACUCGGAAUGCUAACAAUAGGUGGUAUGAAACCCAAAAAAAUUGAAAUGUCCGAAAUUAUGUUUGAUAUGGUUAAUGAAUUGCGUCGUCUUGAAGAAGGAAUAGGUGUUUAUUUUCGUCAUGAUAAUGAAAAUGAUUCAGAACAGAUGAUAAAAAUAUUUUUACUGGCUUGUACUUGUGAUAAACCUGCUACUUCACUUUUGUUGAAUCAUAAAGAAUCCACCGGCUUCUAUGGUUGCACAUAUUGUACAAUAAAAGGUGAUCUUAAACAAGCACAAACAUUAAAAAAUGAUCAUAAACUGCCAAACUGUGACAAAGUUCUUUCAGAAGAAGCAAGUAUUGGAUAUUUAAAAGGUCUUAAAGGAGCAUGUGCACUUCGACAAUUAUCACAUUUUGAUGUUUAUAAAUCUUUCUUAUGUGAUACUCUUCAUAACUUGUAUCUUGGUGCAACAGUAACACUUUCUUUUAUUAUUCUUCAACCUCCUAAUAUAUUUUAUGUAGGCUAA